UAAUAAUUAUUUAAUUCGAAUGAUUUGACUUCAGUUCGUUCUUUACACGAAAAGCAAUGUUUUUCAUCAGCGUUUUGCUACUGUGAAGUUAUUUUUAUGAGUGAAAAUCCGAUGUGUUUAGUUUUGCACGCUGCUAGUGGCUUCAGUAACAUUGCGGUCGCGGUUACAACAGUGUAUUCGUAUCGUUUAACUGUGGAAGUUUAAGAUGUCUCCGAGUUUCUAAGUUUUAUUGUCAGUUUAGUGGUGGUCUGUGGAUUUUAUUAUUGGUUCUAAGUGUCUUCGUUGCCUUGGAUUUUCUUCGGCCGUUCUUCGCCGAGAUUUUUUACGAUUCAGGUGUUAAUCGUCGCAUGGCUGUCAAGCGGCAACAUGUCGGGCAUGACGGGAGCGAGCAUGCUGCGCACGCGCAGGAAGGAUGUCAACGUCAAGCCCAACCGCAAGUUGGACCGGAAAUCCUCCCGGGGCAUGCUAUACGAGAACGAGGAGCUGCGUCUGCGCACUAUAAACAUCAAUGCCGAAGUAGAAAGAGGUCAAUCGGACAUAAAGAAGUUGAAGCGCGAGAACGAGCAGCUCAAGCGAGAGAUAUCGGCGCUUCGCUACGAGUACGACCGGCUGGACAGCAUGCUGCGAGACAGAAGGUCUUCACCAGAACACUCGGACGACAGCGCGUCAGGGUGCAGCGCCUGCCCCGACUGCGUCAGCGUGGACGGGUCCGCCAGAGCCGUCGCCUUUCAUGACCUGAGCGUCGUGCCUGAAGAGGGGGAACAGGAAAAGAGCGGGGCUGAGUCACCAUGCACAUGCGAUGAAUGCCAACAGGAAGCUCCAAGGAAGAUCCAAAUCAAUCAGAAAGCGGCACAAAUGACGCAAAACACGAACGUAACGCAGCCAAAUAUAGCGGACAAUGGUCACGAGCGAGUUGUCGACGUGUUGGUCCACGACGCGCCGCCCGAGGUACCCAGGUUCUUCCAAUCCGUUACCUCUCCCCCCUACCACGUCGCAGGCCCCCCGCCGCCAGGUUUCGUCAUUGCCCCCUACCAACCUCCCCGCUUCCACACCGGAGGGAACGUCGAGGACCUCCUCGGAGACGUCCAGGCCUCGCCCGCCAUACAGACCACGUACAUACAGCAGAACUCUGUGUUCAUGUGUAACACAAGGCGGAUAACACAGAAAUGUUGCUGCCAGAAAAAGGAGCCGGUUAUGGGCGUACCUAUUAUGGGUGUGCCCAUUGUAGAGACACAAGAACCACCUAAGAAGUACGUUACAGAGAAAAAUAUCGAGCUCACUUAUGAUUAUCCGAGAGCGACUCCUAUACCAAGCAGUCCAAGCCCAAAGUCUGGUGAAGAUGUCCAAACGACAACCACAGAAGUCGCCAGUACAGUAGUCUUCGUUGAAAGAAGAAUACCAGUCAAACCAAAGAGGUUCGACUUCUUCUCCCGAUCUCGAUCAGCUCCAGUUGGAGAGAAUGAAGAACCAAUCUACGCAACUGUUAAUAAACUCCCAAAGAGAUUACGGAGAAUGGAGCUCGCGAAUCUAGAAAAAGAAGUGGCGUACAAGUCUGGUGAACCAGAUUCGUCUACUCGGACAGAAUUAACGUUAAAAACUGAUUCAGAAUCUCAAAUCCCGCCACCUGAUGACGACACGAGUCGUUCUGACAGAGAAAAAUCCACAGCUCCUCAACGGCCAGACUCGCCAAAAGCCAAAAAGCGUAAACGAUUUUCUUUGACGUUCAAAAAGAGGGAAAGAAAAAGAAGGGAUAAGAAGAAAGAUGCGAAAAAUGGAACAGCAAAAAACGGAGCGACGAUUCACGUAGAGAGUGACAGUGAGAGGCUGAUUGAGGGAGAGGUCCAGGAUAUGGCGAAGCACAAGCAUUGCACCAGGCAUAGACCGAGGAAUACUCUGUCCUCAUCAAGCUCGGGCCCGCGGUACAAGCGGGACAGUUAUCAGGAGAUGACAACAUCACAUUCAGAGCACGAGAGAACGAACAGCGUGUGUUCUUCUGUAAAUUCCCUGGGUUCCGCGUGUACCCACAAGUCUAGAAAACUCUCAGCUCCAGUCAACGAUGGCUCUAUACCAUGGUGCGGUUGCUGGGGAGCUGGUUGCGUCUGAAUGAUGAAGAGAGGUAGAGUUAAGAAGAAUCCUUAUUAGAAAAUUCUUGAGGUUCUGUCAGCAGUGUUCACAAAAAAAAAAAACAUUUAAUUGCGUUCUCAAAUGUCUGUGUCUCUUCCGUCUUCUUUGUAGUGAUAGAGACAACAUGACACUAGAAGAAUAUUAAAUAAAUAGGUUUGAGAAUGUAGCAGUGAAUAUUGUCAAAAGACGUGAAGAUAAAAUCUUGACCCUUGUAAACCACCCUGUUAAAAGUAAAUGCUUAGCUAAUAAACUAUAGAAUUUAUUGUAAGAUGAAAAAAAUAUCCUGCUUAAACAUUUAUUUUCCCAUGGAAGACCGUCGGUCAGAUAUUGAGACUCAAAAAGAAGAUUUAAAUUCAAUUUAAGCAAACAGAUGUUUUGAGCAAAUACGCGUUUUUCUUUUUAGACCACUGUGUUUGAGUUCUGAUCGACUUAGAGGCCAUUUAGAUCAAUAUUUUUAAUAAAAGAAUACCUAAACCCAUAGGAAAGAAAACAUUAAUUUAUAUAACAUAAGAUACUGAAAAUAUAGCUUACAUAACUGCCCUUUUAGAAAAUUGUAUCGGCCAAGCCAACAAAAUGUAACUGAUGACGUCACUUGGUUGAAUGAUGUAUAUAAUGUAAGUUAAACUGUGAUUCAUUAGCAUUGAGUUGUAUGUAAGCGCAUGCCUGUUGAAUGAUUAAUAAACUUUUGCACAAAA